AUUGUGCGUUGUGAGAGUUUCCGGGAUAUUGCCUUCCACUCGGUCUUCCACAAGAGCAUUCCCUGUGAGUGAGCGGAGAGGUGCGGGAUGGACAACACACGACGGAUGAGUCAGGACACGAAAGCGCAAGGAACGGACUGUCCGUGGGGCACAACUGGGGUAUUACACUGGUACAAGCGGCUUGUUUAGUGCAAGUUAAGAUUAAUCUCUGAGACGCCGAAACUCGUUUCAUCUCACCACUUUGCGUUUUCGAAUUAUUGGCGCUUAUAUAACCUACUUACAUAUCGGCUUCUUUCCCAAAUUCCCCAACUCCCUCCGCCUUUUCUCUCUCGCCUCAUCAGGCGUUCCCUCCUACCACCUCUCUCCUUUCUACUUUCACUUGCUUGGUUUCUUUCUUUCCUCGUCGUUCACUAUGGCGGUCUCGUCCUCCUCGGACGUCGUGAUUCUGGCGCUUGGCGUUGUGCUUGCUGCUGUCUACCUCUUCCGGGAUCAGCUCUUCGCCGCAACAAAGCCCAAAGCCGUUCCGGUCGCUGCUUCCAAAGCAGCGGCCGGAGGUGGCAAUCCUCGGGACUUCAUUGCAAAGAUGAAGGAAGCGAAAAAGCGCAUUGUCAUCUUCUACGGCUCGCAGACUGGCACUGCAGAGGAAUACGCCAUUCGACUUGCGAAGGAGGCCAAGUCCAAGUUCGGUCUUGCUUCACUCGUUUGCGACCCCGAGGAAUAUGAUUUCGACAACCUCGACCAGGUCCCGGAGGACUGUUGUGUCUUCUUUGUCAUGGCUACUUACGGUGAAGGUGAACCCACGGAUAACGCUGUCGAGCUUUGUCAGAAGCUCUCAGAUGAGUCUUGCGAAUUCUCAAAUGGCGAACACAAGCUUCCCGGUCUCAAAUAUGUCGUAUUCGGCCUCGGAAAUAAGACGUAUGAGCACUACAAUCUUAUUUCGAGGAAUGUCGACCGGGAUUUGCAGAAGAUGGGUGCUAUCCGUAUUGGCGAACGUGGUGAGGGUGAUGACGAUAAGAGCAUGGAGGAGGAUUAUCUAGAAUGGAAAGACGGCAUGUGGGAGGCUUUUGCUAAGACUAUGAAUGUUGAAGAAGGACAGGGCGGUGACUCCCCUGACUUCGCGGUCACCGAGGUCGACGAGCAUCCUCCCGAGAAGGUCUACCUUGGCGAAUUGUCUGCUCGUGCUCUCACACGUUCCAGGGGUAUUCACGAUGCUAAGAACCCGUACGCGGCACCUAUUGUUGCUGCUCGGGAACUUUUCGAACUCGGUGCUGAACGUAACUGCGUUCAUGUCGAACUCAACAUUGAGGGUUCUGGUAUCACUUAUCAACAUGGUGAUCACGUUGGUGUCUGGCCAUCCAACGCUGAGGUCGAGGUCGACCGUCUCCUCUGCGCGCUCGGCCUUUACGACAAGAAGGACACAGUCAUCAACAUCGAGUCUCUCGACCCUGCACUCGCAAAGGUUCCCUUCCCUGUCCCUACGACCUACAUUACCGUCCUCCGACACUACAUCGACAUCAGCGCUGUUGCUGGUCGUCAGAUCCUGGGCGUUUUGUCGAAGUUCGCUCCUAACCCUGAGGCAGAGACGAUCCUGAAGACACUCAACACCAACAAGGAGGAGUACAGUACCGUCGUUCACAACGGUUGUCUCAAAUUGGGUGAGGUCCUCCAGUUGGCUGCCGGCAACGAUAUCCAUGCUCGCCCUACCACGGAGAAUACCACAGCUUGGUCGAUACCAUUUGAUAUCAUCGUUUCCUCCACUCCCCGGUUGCAACCCCGGUACUACUCUAUCUCCUCGAGUCCUAAGCUUUACCCUAACGCUAUUCACGUCACGGCCGUUGUACUCAAAUAUGAGUCUAUACCGAGUGAUAAAAUCAAGACAAGGUGGAUUUAUGGUGUUGGUUCCAACAUGUUGCUUAACCUCAAGGUCGCGGCGAGCGGCGAGAAUGCGCCUCUUAUUAGCAACGAGGCUGAGGACUUGCCUGCGAAGGUCUCUGCGCCACAGUAUUCAAUUGAAGGUCCUCGUGGGGCAUACAAGCAGGACACUAUCUACAAGGUCCCUAUCCACGUCAGACGGUCAACGUUCAGGUUGCCUACGAACCCCAAGAGCCCUGUGAUCAUGAUUGGUCCCGGAACUGGCGUUGCUCCUUUCCGCGGAUUCGUCCAAGAGCGAGUGGCUAUGGCUCGUCGCACUAUUGAAAAGAACGGUCCUGAAGGUCUCGCUGACUGGGGCAGUAUCCGCCUGUACUUUGGUUCUCGCACAUCCAGCACCGACUUCCUUUACAAAGACGAAUGGUCAGACUAUGCAAAGGAGCUGCACGGCAAAUUCACCAUGCGUUGUGCUUUCUCUCGUGAACCACCAUACAAACCCGAUGGAGGCAAGAUCUAUGUCCAGGAUCUCAUUUGGGAAGACCAGGAGCAGAUCGCCGAUGCUAUUCUCAAUGGCAAGGGCUAUGUAUACGUUUGUGGUGAUGCGAAGAGCAUGAGCAAGGCUGUUGAGGAGGCACUUUGCAAGAUCCUGGGCGAGGCCAAGGGUGGAAGCGCGGAGGUUGAAGGUGCUGCUGAGCUCAAGUUGCUCAAGGAGAGGAGUCGCUUGUUGCUCGAUGUCUGGUCAUAGAAGCAGACCCUUCUCCGCCCACUGCAGUUUUGUGUUUUUAUGCAUUAUACACGCGACUAGAAAUAUUCUAGAUGGACAAGGAUGGUAUUCAGCCAUGUAAAUACUUGUCACUCAUAGCACUAGAGGUUCUUCCUGUUGGGAUCGGAAUUGUCGUAGUAUGUUCAAUAUCGCUUUCGUCAUUCAAUGUAUUUUCUGCACACUCUUGCAUGGAUCUUGA